CUGAACACGACAUCCGAGCCCAGGCCUGUCCGUCUUUCAACCGCGUGGUCGAAACGCCUCCUCAAUCGCCUUUCUUCCCUCAUCUCUUCCCUUUUUCCCCCUGCCUCUGCUUCACACCAUCCACCUCGAGCAUCGUCGCUCUCGCCCUUUCAUCCCUAAACAGCCCAUCAAUUGUGCGCCCACAUCUCCCUUGCGCACCCCUUCUCCAUCUCUUCCAACCCUCUCCACGUCUUUCUCCAUCAGGGAAGCAUCGAAACAGACAACCGUGACCCUCAACGGCACCCUGAGAUUGCGGCACUUGAUCCGACAAGCUGUUGUCUUGCUGCACCACAUCUCCUAAUCGACACCAUCCAACCACCCCUUAAUAUCUACCAACCGGCGCUGCUGCUGCCACUAAAACCGCAACAAUGACGGCCUCAGACUUCUUGACUACCCAGACCGUGGGUGGCUACCUUGUCUGCUUCAUGAUCGCCGGUGGCUUCAUCUACCACUAUUCCAACAAGAACAAGCCUGCGCAGAUUGCCAAGCAGGCAAAGGCCUACGUCGAACCCCGAAAGGAUAACAACGCAAAGAAGCAGCGAAAGGCCGCCUUUGCUUCAAGCGCACAAAAGUCGACUGCAGAGGACAAGGCCUCAUCAAGUGCAGUCGAGAGCAAAUGGCUGAGCAAUGACUCCAAGGAGGAUGUUGAUAACGCCGACUUUGCCAGGAGAAUGGCCAGCAUCAAGGAAGGCAAGAAGUUUGACGGCAAGUCUUCGGGAGACUCCAAGAAGAAGACCAAGUCCGUCAAGCAGUCCCGUGCCGCCGAGAAGAAGCCCGUCCAGGUUUCCGAAGAGAAGGAGCCCGCUCCCGCUCCCGCUCCCACUCCCGCUGUUGAGGCUGUCGAGACCGUCGAGGACGUUGAAGAAAGCUCCUCUGCCGCUUCCCCCGAGCUCACGCCGGUCGACCCCAGCGGUGUCAGCGACAUGCUCGAGCCUUCCGCCGGCGGACCCUCGGUCCUUCGCCUGACGGGUACCGACAAGGAGAAGCCCAAGGCCAAGAACCAGAAGGUCCCCGAGAAGGCCGAGACCAAGAAGCAGCGCCAGAACCGCCAGAAGGCCGAGGCCAAGAAGGCGGCUCGCGAGGAGGAGGAGAAGGAGCGCAAGGUCAAGCUCGAGAAGCAGCGCCGUGCUGCUCGCGAGGCUGCCGGUAUUCCUGCCAAGGACGGCUCUCAGUUCAUGGCCAGUGUCAACGGCAGCCAGUCCGCCUGGACUGCCGGCUCCCCCAACGGCGCCUCCGCCAACGGUACUUCCCCAGCCGUCCAGCCUCUCGACACCUUCGAGGCCCCGGCCAACAACCGCACCGCCGCGCCCGCCGCCACCCCUCAGUCCUCCAACACCUGGAUCUCGUCGCUUCCCUCGGAGGAGGAGCAGAUCGAGCGCCUCAAGGAGGAUGACGAGUGGAACACGGUUCCGGCCAAGUCGAAGAAGGCCAAGAAGGAGAACCGCACCCCUUCUCCUGAGCCUGCCAAGGCCGCCGCCGCUCCUGUUCAGUCUCGCCCCAUUGCCCAAGCUGUCCAGAAGCCCGCGUCCAACGGCAAGACGGCGAAGCCUGUUCAGUCCAACUUUGGAUCCUUCUCCGCCCUCAGCACCGAGGAGGAAGAGGAGUGGGAUGUAUAAGCGGCUUCGGGCAUGUCGGACGUCAUUCUCCAGGAUAUUCCGCCCUCAGACACGUGCUUCUAAAUCGACAUUACAUCCUGUUCGCGCAGUCUGACCAUCACCUGUUAUUCUAACUGUAAAAUACCUCUCUUCCUGGAGUGCGGAGCUACCACCAAAAAAAAAAACCUCAUGCAACCCCUUUGGACGUCAUGGAAGGACGCCAAUCUCGGAUCGAUCGCGUUCCCGCGAGCCGGCGGCGUGGUCGAGGACUGGCACAUGGCUUGCCAUGGCGCACACCACAUAAACACAAAAAAGAUCUCAGCCACAGCACGAGGUCUGGAGUUGGGGGAUAACAUUGGCCAGCGGGCUGAGUGAUUUGCACAUGCUUUCUUUUUCUUUCCUUUCGACGUCGAGGUCGGCUCUUAUUGAUGGAUGGGGGGAGAGCAGUGUGGUGAAGGUGGAGGGAGGGUGACGCAGGAUCACGACGUCUAACGAGGAAGUCGGGUUUGGACUCGGGUGGAAACAAACAAAAUGCAACCUUUCCUCGGGGCAGAAUCGGUUGAAUCGCAUGGGAACGGCCAUGCGGCGGCACCUUUGAUCGUUGUUGCGUUUAGCGCAGAAUCACGCUAGAUACUUUCAAUGGG